AUGGCUGCGCUCACCCCACUGCCCCCCAGCCUGCGCUGGGGCUUGGUGGCCUUCAGCGGCUCCCUCUUCAUCAACAACAAGACGUGGGAUAGUGGCACUGCCCACACCUACCAGCCAGCUCACGAGGUGCUGUCUAGCCUGCCCCUCCAGGUUAUGCUCUACUUCAACGUCUACUACUUCCCUGUCUGGUUCCUGGCUGAGGGGAUUAUGCUGCAUCUGAAGUACCACCUGCUGCCUUGGCACUACCAGUUCCUGCUGGUCACAGCCUUCCUCAUCCUCUCACUCGCUGAGGGCUCCCGCCUCUACCUGGGCUACCUGGGGAACCUCCAGGAGAAGGUGCCCGAGCUGGCUGGGUUCCUGCUCAUCUCCUUCCUGAUCCAGCUGCCCCUCCUGCUCUUCCUGCUGACAGACAGCCAGGUCAUCCACCUGCCACUGGAGGUGCCCAUGCACAGCCUGUUACUGGCCUUCCUCCUCCUCGAGAUUGUGGCUGCCUUCCUGGCACUGAGGACCAUGACCAAGCAGCUGGCAGCACAGUUCUACCUGCGGCAGCUCCAGGAGUGUGGGAGGGGCCAGCUGAAGCUGGGGAGCACAGGGUAA